UCCAGCAACCCCCAAACCCAGGUUUUAAGUCAAGGCCAGAGUUUCCUGUUUUGGCAACCAGUGGAACAAAGUGUCUUAGGUACACAGACUGGAAGAUGAGACUGAGAUGGGCAUGUUUGUUGUAGGACUUCUGGGCUGGAGUCAGGCCCGGAGUGAUGGCAGCCAUGGACAUUUUGGAGAGGAGAAAAGUGAUCUGUCUUCCACCUUAGUGCAGAACACAGUAGGGAGAAUAGGAACCAAGGAGGUGGGAGAAAUGUUUGGCAUUUGGACUUGUUUUGAAAGUCGAGCUCGGGUUGACCACAUUUUACUUGUGGAGGGUGACAGAGAAGUCACAGAUGACUGGAAAGAUGGAAAGUGUCAUCAACUAAAAUGGCAAAUCAGUGGUGGGAGUACCUUUCAGGGAGAUAGUAGGAACGAGGUUUUGGCCAUGUUGUCUCAGAUGUUCCAGAGACACCCAAGUACAGAGGAUGAGUGCACAGCUGGAUGGAAUCUGGAGUGCUGGGCAAGCUUCAGGAUGGAGACAACCAAACUGCAGCAUCCAGCAUGUGGGCCAAGGGCUCUGUGACCUUUGAGGAUGUGGCUGUCUACUUUUCCCAGGAGGAGUGGAGGCUUCUUGAUGAGGCUCAGAGGCUCCUGUACCGCGAUGUGAUGCUGGAGGUCUUUGCACUUGCUGUGUCGUUGGGUACUUGGCAUGGAACAGAGUCACCUUCUGAGCAAAAUGGUUUUGAAGAAGAGUCACAGGAAAAUACUUCACAGGCCUGUCCCUGGAAACUGUGUGGCCUGGCCUUGGAAAGUGACCUGCACCUAGCUGAUAACCUGAGAACAAACCCUGGGCAGAAACUGUCGGAGGCACGUGGGAAAUUUCAGCAGCUGCAGAAGCAGCACUGUAGGGAGAAUCUGUCCAGCAGGAACACAGACAAGGCCUCCUGGUUGAAGAGCUGUGUAGCCCACACACCAGAGAAGCCCUCCAUGUGCUCCAAGGCUGGGAAGGACUCCACUAGUACCUUGGGCCUUUGGUGCCAGGGGAAGCCACCCAAGGACAGUGCGGGUGCAAAGGCCUCUCACCGUGGGCAGUACCAGUGCAGUGACUGUGGGAAGGCCUUCUGCCGCAAGUACAGACUUGCUCAGCAUCAGAGAGUCCACACUGGAGAGAGGCCAUAUGAGUGCAGUGAAUGCAGGAAAGCCUUCAGCUACAAACACAUACUCGUCCAGCACCAGCGAAUUCACACAGGAGAGAGGCCUUACAACUGCAAUGAGUGUGGGAAAGCGUUCAGCAACAAACCCACACUGGUCCGCCACCAACGCAUCCACACGGGAGAGAAGCCUUACCAGUGCAGCGAGUGCGGGAAGUUCUUUAGCCAGAGCUCCAGCCUUAGUGAACAUCAGAGGCUUCACAGUGGGUCAAGGCCUUACAAAUGCAGUGAGUGUGGGAAGUUUUUUACCUCCAACUCCAACCUCGUUAAACACCAGAGAGUCCACACAGGAACAAGGCCUUAUGAGUGUAGCGAAUGUGGCAAGUUCUUUAACCAAAGCCCCAGCCUGAUCAAACAUCAGAGAAUUCACACUGGCGAAAGGCCUUAUGAGUGUGGUGAGUGUGGGAAACUCUUUAGCCAGAGCUCCACUCUCAUGAAGCACCAGAGAGUUCACACGGGAGCCAGGCCUUACAAGUGCAGCGACUGUGGGAAAGUUUUUAGCCAAAAUUUUGGCCUCACUCAACACCAGAGAGUUCACAGUGGGGACAGACGCCAGGAGGAGUGCAGGGAAUGCAGAGAAUUCUCUUGCCUGAGCUCCCAACUUACUCAGCACCAGAAAGUCCAUGUCAGAGAUGGGCCCCCAGAGUGGGGCAGGUGCGGGAACGGCUUCACUCACAGCUCUGGCUCUUGAGUCCCUCAGGGCCAGCCAGACCUACCUAAUGAGUGGAGCAACUGUAGAAAAGGCUUCAGCCUCAUCCAACAUCAGAAAGUUCACAGGGAACAGAAUGUGAUGGGGCAGCAGGUACAUGAGACCCAUGUUUGAGCAUCAACUUGAAGUUGAACGUCACAUACUGUGGAAUGUGGACACUGCCUCUGAGUCCAGCUUCAUAGGAGAUUUCUCCAGGCUCUCGUCAGCUUUCUGUCACUGAGAGUUUUGUGGUAGAAGCCAUCUUGCUCUAUAAGCGGCACCACUUGGUGCAUCAGUCACCUCCGUGUGAUCAGGGUAAGUGACCUCUGUGCUCUUCCCUCCUUCCAGGCAUUGUCAUCUCUUCCAUCUAACUGGCCAGGACUGGCCCUAGCACCACUGACCCAGAGGAUCCUGGUGGCAUACAGACAUUACCUUCUCAUGUCCCAAGUCACCCUGCCUGAGUUUGUGUGAAAGACUUCAAGCCCCCUUACAUGUUGGGGUUUCUGUUCAUGGAUAUCAUUAGGUUGAGAACAGUUGAACAGCUUGUGUGGCUGUCUCAAAACUGUGACUCAGUGGGGAUAUAGUCUCACAUAGCAGACACUAAUUUUGCUCCCCUUUUUGGCCUGAGAUAAGACUAAUCGUGGAUGACAGCAGGCCCGGGCUUUCAGUGUCAGUGAGAAAAACAUGCGGGAGCAAAGCAGGAUCCACACUUCCCAAAUUAGGGUUAAAAAUGGAUCACCACCAUUUUAUGGAUCACAAGCUCGCCCUGAGAUGAAAGCAGAGAGAAACGACCAGUGUGUUGCCCCAGCAUUGGUGAGUUGUUCUCUAAGGCCUGUGUGUCACAAGGUCCUCAUAUCUUGCUACAAAAUUAGCUAACCUGUACGUCAGGUGGAAAUAGAAACACUUGGACAGGAAGUGGACUAAUUCUACAUGGGAUGUUGUUCUAUUUCUCAGCUUUAGGUUUUUGCCAAAAUCCUGGGGAGCUACAAUAAUGCCUAGCAUCUCUCCAGGCCAUAGCUACAGAACCGUGGGGAAAGAUGGGGUAGGCGAGAGCAGAAACCCAAUCCCUGUAGUUCCAGCGUCUUUGGCAGAGCAUUAUGAGUUGGGAAAAUAGACUUUCACAUGAACCAUCCAUUUCUGUUAAAAUUUUAUUGUGUAGUGUGCAGUUUGUUGAACAUAGCACCCACAAUCUCGAUCCCUUUCUCCCUGCAUCCCUGAGCAACAAGUUUACUUUGAUUUUUGUUUUCUUAAAUUGUGUCUUCAGUUGCUUUUUCAUGGAAUGUUUAUUAAUAAAAAAUAUUCUGUCUGCUUAGAUGUGUGGUUUGCUUGCAGUUUGGCUGUCACCAAUAAGCUUACAUGUACACAAAAGCCCUAGAGUGUUUCAGUGGGAACUAGUGUAAGCCUGAGUGAGUCCAAGGUACUUUUGCCAAGAAUGGCUGUACCCCAUUCCCAAACAAGGGCAUAGAAAGUUCCAGUGCCUCUAAAUCUUACCACUUACACACUUUUUAAAUGGCCAUACCAUACCAAAGAUUGGUGCACUCUAGGGUUUUAAAGGGUUUUUAAAAAGUGCACUUUCCUAAUUAAUGAUUUAUUAUCACGAAGACAUCCUCAUGCUAUUUUGCAAGUUCUUAGUAAUGAAUGUUGUCCAUUGUUCCAGUGUAAUUCCAUGCUUUUACUUUGCUGAGUGGAAUAAAUGUUUCUAAAUCCUGGAA